AGCAGAUUUCCCCCCCUCUUUUUUUGUUUUCCCCCUUUUUCUGUUUGUUUAAAACUGCGAGGAUGUCUGGACAGAGCAUAACGGACCGGAUAACGGCAGCGCAACACAGUGUCACCGGUUCCGCUGUGUCCAAAACGGUGUGCAAGGCGACCACGCACGAAGUCAUGGGGCCAAAGAAGAAGCAUUUGGACUAUCUGAUCCAUUGCACCAAUGAGAUGAAUGUGAACAUCCCUCAGCUGGCCGACACGCUGUUCGAGCGCACCACCAACACCAGCUGGGUGGUCGUGUUUAAAUCCCUCAUCACCACACACCACAUUAUGGUCUACGGCAAUGAGAGAUUUGUACAAUAUCUGGCCUCCAGGAACACAUUAUUCAACCUCAGUAAUUUUUUGGACAAAAGCGGGUUACAAGGAUAUGACAUGUCCACCUUCAUUCGGAGGUACAGCCGCUACCUGAACGAAAAAGCAGUCUCAUACAGACAAGUGGCUUUCGACUUCACGAAAGUAAAAAGAGGGGCGGAUGGCGUAAUGAGAACUAUGAACACAGAGAAGCUCCUAAAGACCAUCCCUAUCAUCCAAAACCAGAUGGAUGCACUCCUCGACUUCAACGUAAAUGCUAAUGAGCUCACAAACGGGGUCAUUAACGCUGCAUUCAUGCUUCUGUUUAAAGACGCCAUCCGUCUGUUCGCGGCCUACAAUGAAGGGAUCAUCAACUUGCUUGAGAAGUACUUUGACAUGAAGAAAGCCCAGUGUAAAGAAGGCCUGGACAUCUAUAAGAAAUUCCUCACUCGAAUGACGAGAAUCUCAGAAUUUCUCAAAGUGGCAGAGCAAGUGGGAAUCGACCGAGGGGACAUACCAGACCUAUCACAGUUUACAGUUUGUGCCCCCAGUAGCCUUCUGGACGCCCUUGAGCAGCAUUUGGCUUCAUUAGAGGGGAAAAAGGUCAAAGACUCCACGGCCGCCAGCAGAGCCAGUACGCUGUCCAAUGCGGUGUCCUCUUUGGCCAACACGGGUAUCUCUUUCACCAAAGUCGAUGAGAGGGAAAAGCAGGCAGCUCUGGAGGAGGAGCAGGCUCGAUUAAAAGCACUUAAGGAGCAGCGUCUGAAGGAACUGUCCAAGAAGCCCUCCACAUCCUCCACGACUGCUGCGUCUCCCGUAUCAACAACGACGGGCUCCAUCAGUUCUGCCCCAGCCAUUGACCUGUUCUCCACACCCAGUAGCUUCAAUAACAGCACUCCGAAGGUGCCGAAUGAUCUUUUGGACCUGCAGCCCGCGUUCCAGCCCUCCCUGCCUCUCUCCACUGGCCUGCCUUUAGCCAACACAUGGGGAGAUCCUUUCACGUCUACAGAGGCUGUUGAUGACUCCAUUCCAAACUUAAAUCCUUUCCUUACAAAACCAGUUGUUGAUCCUGUCCAUCUGCCUGUUGUGUCUUCAGAUGCUGUUAGUUUUUCCUCUAGGACACCCAGUCAUGAAAUGUUCGGUGAUAAUUACAAUCCCUUUAUUGAUUCGAGCGGUUCUGUUGCAUCACCUAUCGAGCCCUCUGCUCGGAUGGGCUGCUUCCUCUCAGACUCAUUCUGCUCUCCGGCUGCCUACCUUAACACUCCUCUCUUCCACUCUGAGCCCUCUGCUGUAGCUGGACUAUUCGGAGGGUUCUCUGCACCUCCCGCCGCCCAGCCUCCCAGUUCAACAGGCCUUAAUGUCGACUUUGACUCCGUAUUCGGCAAUAAGUCGGCCGCCAACAGCACAGACUCUGCUGAUGAUAUUUUAGGUGGCAUCCUGAAACCCACAGUGGCCUCUCCCAACCAGGGCCUGACGCCCAGCACCCAACAGCCAGGCAAACUGGUUUCCGAUGACUUGGAUUCCUCCCUUGCCAACCUUGUGGGAAAUCUUGGUAUUGGAAAUGGAACACCAAAGAAUGACAUUCAUUGGAGUCAACCCGGUGAAAAGAAGCUGACUGGAGGAACCAACUGGCAACCAAAGAUGGCUCCGACCACAACAUGGAACCCUGCCUCCAUGGCUCCUUCUGUCAUGGCCUUCCCUGCCACGACGCCCACAGGAAUGAUGGGAUAUGCAAUGCCCCCUCAAAUGGGCUCCAUGACCAUGAUGACCCAGCCCACCAUGAUGUACACUCAGCCUGUGAUGCGGCCGGCCAAUCCCUUCGGCCCAGUCUCAGGGGCACAGCUCUCUACAGCCUCUAGUCCUUCCAGUUCGAGUCCUCUCAGAGCUCCGGGACAGGACCCUUUUGCACAGCUGUCUCUGAAGGAUUUCCUUUAGAGCGUCUUUAGAUGCAGUUCAUGUAGGUGAAGGAGGGUCGACGCUUCCCAAGAAUGAAUUAC